AACACACACAGCAUGGACUCUGAGUCUUUGGACCGCUGCAUCCAGACGGCUCUGGCCUCCCUCUACCCGCCCUUCCAGCUCACGUCUCCCACUGUCCUCUGUCAGGUCCUCAGUGUGGUGGAGCGCUGCUACCGAGGAGACGGCCUCCGCUACCUGAUCCACUUCCUGCUGCCUGCUAAGAACUUCCUACAGAACCUCCAGCAGGACGCCUGUGUGCAGCACUGUGGUCUGCUGUUCCGUCAUGAAGGUUGGCCUCUGUGUGUCCAUGAGAAGAUAGUCGUCCAGCUCUGCCCUCUGGACCAGCGCCUUCUCCGUCCAGGUGACUUCUACCUGCUGGUGUCUCCCGCUGCAGCUCCUCCUCCCCGGUCUAAGGGCGCCUCCUGCAGGAGCGGAGCCUCAGUGGCCCCCCGCCUGCUCCUGUGCAGCUCAUCGGCCAACGGCCACCAUGCGGAGCAGCAGGAGGUGUCGCAGUUAGCCCUGCGCUCGCUCUUCAGCAUGGCCUGGCUGGACUCGGUCAACAGGGAGAGGGAGCGGCGAGGAGCUCCGCGGCUGGAGCACUGCCUCCUGGCGGCCCACGGAGACGUGUUCAGGGUCCCCUGGGAGGACCUGGUCUAUCCACAGUUCAUCAGCCGACCCCGCCCCGCCGCCAGGGGGCACGAGGAGCACACCGCAAAGGACGCAGGUGUUCUGAUUAACACGUCACACAAUCUCCAUGGAGAUACGAACUCCUCAGGUCAGGACAGGAAGCUCCUCCAACAUGGUACUCAAACUGGCCAAUCGGCAGCAAGCAGCGAGGACGAGGACUCUGAGGGGGAAUACGUGGAGCUGACGGAGCUGCCGCGCUUCUCCCCUCAGAAAGGAUCCCUGACCCAGUCCAUCAGCCUGCAGCACCGGGCCAGAACCGCUUGUGGGGUUCAGCUACAAGCUUAUGGAGAAGAACCAGAACCAGAACCAGGACUCCUACAGAGAGGUCCUCCUCACACCCGUCGACUGUCAGCAGGAGCCAACAGGAGGAGGGAUGAGGAUGAAGGUGAGGAGAUGGAGGAGGAGGUAGAGGUAGAGGAUGAAGGUGCAGAGGAGGUGGAGCUAGAAAAGGAGGUUCAGGUUAUAAUCAUGCAGCAGAGUCCAGAAAGAAAGGAGGAGGUGAUGAAGGAGGAGUCAGGAGGAGGUGGAGGAGGAGCGCACACAGAGAGAGACUGUUGUUCUGACAAGAACACACAACAGCAACACACUGAGGACGCAGGGAAGACACAGCUAGAAAAGCCUCCCUCCGAGGAGUCUGAAACACCUCCAUGCUCCACAGCGGCGCUGGAGGAACCUGAUCAGUCUGACUCAGGACUAGAGGAGCUGGAGGAGAAGAAGAAGGAGGAGCUGGAGGAGAAGGAAGUUGGUGCAGGAGGAGCCGCAGAGCUUCACAAUGAAGCUCGUUCUCUUCCUGCCCAGGCAGAGAGCAGUGGGUCUGCUGGUUCUAGUCCAGCAGAACCAGAACCAUCGUCCUCCCAGUCCUCCCAGUCGAGGUUCUACAGUGUACUGCUGAGGUCCGGAGCGGUGUGUCUGCCUGGUUCUACAGAUCGGGCGGGUCGAGCUCUGCUGACUGUUUCCUGCUGCUGCUCCGUUUGGUCUGAGCCGGACUACGACAGUGCCGAAUUGCUCCGCCUCCUGCUCUACUACAUCUCCACCCUCAGGAAGGAGACGCGAGCGUCGGGGCUGACGGUGCUGAUGGACGGCCGCAGAGCUGCGCCCACUGCCACCGCCGCUGCCGUGUUCUCCGCCCUGCGGUCGCUGCAGGAGGACUCUCCAGGCUCCAUCCACACUGUGUUCAUUCUGGCUAACAAGGACUCAGCUCUGCGUCUGGACAGACCUGCAGCCACACAAGUGGAGGUGCUGAACUCCCUGAAGUCGCUUCAGAAACAUGUGGAGCUCCAUCAGCUUCCUGCAGAGUUCGGAGGAUCCUUCAGUUUCAGUCAGAGCAGCUGGAUCAGCUUCAGAUCAAGAGUGGAGCAGCUGAGCCACCAGUGUGAGGACGUCAUCAGCCUGCUGCAGAAGACCAUUCACGUCCUGCAGGCCACACCUUUACCUGCUGCUCAGGAUGCCGAGCUGCUGCUGUCCAGGUACAAGGCGGUGAUGCGCAGCAUCCUGGAGGACAGCCGAUUGGUGCAGCUGCAGCAGGAGGGCGGAGCUUCUCUGUCGCGUCUCCGCAGGGACGAGGGUGGAGUGGGAGCAACAGAGGAGCAGCGAGCGGCGGUGGAGGAGGUGACGUCUCUGUACGAUCAGGUGGACGAGCUGCUGCACCGUCUUGUGACUCUGUCCAACGCCAGGACCCAGGAGCUCAGCUUCAUUAGCGACUUCAGGAGCCUGGAGCAGGGCUUCAGCCAGGUGAGGUCGUGGCUGCAGGAUGUUGGUGAAGUUCGUCUGAAGACUCUGGAUGAAGCAGAAGAUUCUCUGGAGCUUCUCACCAGAAAGCAGCAGGACUUCAAGGAGUUCUACACAACUGCAUAUGCCCAGUGUAAGCGAGGGGAGGAGCUCCUGUCCCGUCUGGACCGUUGGGCCGAGGUUCCGUCAGCAGACCUCCAGGUCUAUGAGGACAGGGUCCACUCGUUCUGGGCUCAGCUGCAGGACUUCUCUCAGCGGGUUAACAGUGCCGGGCAGAACCUGGAGCGGGCUGUCCAGCUGUACCGCUUCCUGGACCAGUGUCUCACCUGUGUCUCACCUGUGUCUCACCUGCCUCCCCUGCAGAGGAAGCAGCUGGAGCUGGGCGAUAAGAUGGACCUGUCGUCGUACCUGCUGAAGCCCAUCCAGAGAAUGAGUAAAUAUGCUCUGCUGCUGUCUGACCUCAUGAAGGAGGUGGGCGUGGCCCAGGAGGCGGAGCUUAUCGCACUGCAAGCCGCUACCAACAUGGUCAAGUUCCAGCUUCGCCACGGCAACGACCUGCUGGCCAUGGACGCCAUCCGAGACUGUGACGUGAACCUGAAGGAACAGGGUCAGCUAAUCCGGCAGGACGAGUUCACGGUCUGCAGCGGCCGGAGGAAAUGUCAGCGUCACAUCUUCCUUUUCGAGGAGCUCGUCCUCUUCAGCAAACCCAAGAAGAUGGAUGGCGGUCUGGACGUGUUCAUCUACAAACACUCCUUCAAGACGGCCGAUGUGGGUCUGACGGAGUCGACGGGUGACAGCGGGCUGAGGUUUGAGAUCUGGUUCAGGAGGAGGACGUCCAAGAAUCAGACCUUCACCCUUCAGGCGUCUUCAGCAGACGUGAAACACGCCUGGACCAGCGACAUCGCCCGGAUCCUCUGGACCCAGGCCACCAGGAACAAAGAGAUGCGUCUGAAGGAGAUGGUGUCCAUGGGCGUCGGAAACAAACCGUUUCUGGACAUCCAGCCGAGCGACGCCGCCAUCAGCGACCGGGCGGUCCACUACAUCAUGAAGAGCCGAGGUGCCAGAACUCGAGCCUCCAUCGCCGUCUCCGUCUUCGACCACUCGAACCCCUUCAAGCGAGGAGCGGUGACGUCGGACUCGGCAGCAUCAGGACCGUCUUCGUCCAGCCUGCUGGGGCCGCUCAACCUGCACAUGUACAGUCAGACGCUGCCCUCCCCUCCGGCCGCUCAGAACACCUUCAGCGCUUUGUGUAUCGAGGAGGACGAACAGGAACACGAGACCAGCAGCCAGCCCUCAAUGACCACAGAGAGUUCUGGCUCGUCGUCCCGAUGCCUGUCUGGAUCCACUGGCUCCGACAGCGGCUGCGUCUCCUCACACCUGCAGGAGGGGCUGCAGGAGGAGCCCCGCCCACACUGCCAGAACUCCGCCUCCCACUCGUCCUCCUCCAGCAAGCAGCGAAUCAGCAGCCAGUACACCUCACCUAAAGCAGCAGCCGUCAUCAGUCCGGCCACCGUCGUCUGAUCAGCUGACCGGCAGGAUGAACUGUCCGUCUGCUGCUGUUCGAGUUGAAGUCAGCGUUUCAUCUGGACUUGGUCUGGUUUAUUUAUGAGCUUCAGUUUGUGGUGUAAAUAAGGAGUUAGAGUUUAUCAGUGGUUCUGUCGGAGAGGAGGACCGGCUCGGAGAGGAGGACCGGCUCAGAGGAGGACCGGCUCAGAACUGGUCCUGGGUCUUUGGACCGACUGUACAUGAGUGUAAAUAAUCCACAGCUGAACUUUUGUUACUUGAAGAAUAAAUGAGUUUGUUGGAAACGUGA